AUGCAAGAGACAGCUCAUUUACGUGAUCCAUCGUUAAUAUUAGAAACUCCAAAUGUUUACGAUCAAGCAGAACGAAUAAAAUCAUUAGGAAUGAUUGACUAUGAGCAAAUAUCUCGUAUAAAAUCUUCUGAUGAUCUUUCUCAAUUUGGUAUUAAUAAUUUAUUUUUAUCUGAUGAAGAUGACGAAAACUCAAUGGUUACAGAGUCAUUAACACCAACGACAGCUACUAUUUCAUCGGUCGGAUCACUAGAUCAUUCGUCAUUAAAACGUACAUCUUCUUCAUCAUCAAUGAUAUUUAGUCGAAAACAAGUUCUAUUUGAAAAAGAAUUUCCAUCUUCUAUUAAAGAUAAAGAUAUCGAUCAUUUUCAAGUAUAUCAGUCACCACCAUCGACUUCCUAUGAAUACUACAAUAGGCAAUAUAAUGCUAAAAAUAGUUCAUGUUCGAUGUGUUGCGAUUGCGGUAACGUUGAUCAAACAAGCUCUUAUAUCAAAUCGGAGCCUAAGUAUCCCGAUUCACUACAAACACAUCCUACUCAUUGUCUAAUGAAUUGUACAUCGAGUCUUCCAUAUAAUUACUCAUCACAUUACACACAUUUGGACAAUUCAUACUUUCAUCUGUGUACAUUACACUCACAAACCAUCACUGGCAAUAGUUCAUUUCCCUUACCACAACCAAUAUCAUACACUGAUGACCAAUACCAAUCGCGAACAACAUUUUCUCCUCUUUCUUGUCCAUCUUCGUCGCCUCCUCCACUAAAAAAACGUCCAUUGAGAGAAAUACCAGAAGUGGAUCAUUUCAGUUUUUUGUGCAACGAUGAAAAAUCAAAUGAAAUUAUUGAUCACUCGAUUGAAUUAAUAAUCACUCCUCCGGAAAAUUCCAUUUCUACAGCCACUACUCAAGCACCGUUAAACAAAAACCGUUUAACAAAAACUCAGAGAGGAAAACUAACGAAAAAGCUUUUGUCAACAAUGAAACCAAAUGGUGUGCAAAAACGAGUUGUUCGAACAAAAUAUCGACAGCCACUAAUACAUAUAUGUAGAUUUAAUGAAUGCACAAAGACUUAUACUAAAAGUUCACAUUUAAAGGCGCACGAGCGUACACAUACAGGGGAGAAACCUUACGCGUGUCCUUGGAAUGAUGGUAUCACAGCAUGUGGAUGGUGUUUUUCUCGAAGUGAUGAAUUAAGCCGUCACUACAGAAAACAUACUGGCGACAAACCAUAUCAAUGUAGACUUUGCGAUAGAAAAUUUGCGCGUUCAGAUCAUUUGGCGCUUCAUAGGAAAAAGCAUGUAUAA